CAACAACAGAUGAUGCAGCAGCAGCAACAGCAACAGCAACAGCUGAUGCAGCAGCAGCAACAGCAGCAACAGAUGAUGCAACUGCCCGCCGUCCCCCAGCAGCACCCAACAACGCCACAACAGUCGCCGACACAGCCACAUCGGUACCUGCAACAGCAGCAUUGCUACAUGCAACAACUCCAGCAAGCACAAAUGCCACCACAGCAGCCGCCUCCGCCGCUCCCCAUGGUCGCUCAUUCUCAUGCGCUUUUGCAGUCGUCAGCGACCCCCACGAGGCCCCUUCCUCAGCACCAGCGGCAACACCAGUACCAGCAGGCACCAAUGGAUCAGAACUGUGUAGGGGUUGGUGGUGGGUGUGUUUCUGCAACGGAUCCAUUCACAGGCGGCCCUUCUCCAGCCGCCUCAGGGGGUGCUCCGGGAACACCAGGGGACAAAAAGCGGAAGGCUUCCUGGCGAACUCCCGCCCCUAGAAGAAAAGGCAGCCCAGGUGAGGCUGCUGCAGGUGCAACAGCAGCAGCAUACCAUGGCGAUGCCUCAACGGCAGCAGCAGUUGAUGUCGCAUCACAAGGCGAUGAUGUCUCAGCAGCAGCAAGUGACCCCACCACAACCACCCUCCAUGCCGCAGCAACAACAGCAUCCACGGUUUUUAUCUCAGGAAAAUCCUGCUCUGCGGGAAAUACGCAUCUAGGCUCUAGCAGCGACGUGCAGAAGCAACUGCAGCAGCUGUUUCAGCUGCAUCAGUCCUCUUUGCUGCUACAGCAGCGUGAACUGGACCUCGCCGUCAAGGAGCUGGAGUUGCAGUACCUUCCUUUGCUUUGGAGGAACGGCGAGAAAGUGGGAGGUUGCAGCAAUACUGGCAUCAGCAGCGGGAUCCCCCUAUUGUGGGAUGUGCCUUUGCAUAAGUUUGUGUCGUGGAAGGGGGAGAGGGCUAAGGCUUUUUCUGCCCUAGGAGAGGGGAAGUGGGCGCUCUGGCCCGCCAGCCGUCCCGACACUCGCUGUGAAUUGCUGCAGCAGCAGCUGCUGCACCUGCUGCAGCGCAUGGCCCCCAUGUGCACCUGGGAGCAGCAGCAACAACAACAGCAGAUUUUACUGCAGGUUCUGAAGCUUUGGUCGAUUGGGAACUCGGAGGAGGGCGUCCAUGGGGCACUCGCCACGCAGGGAUGUCCAGAAGUAGUGGGCAGCAUUACUAGCAGCAUAAUACGGCUUCCUCCGCCUAGCUGCUUUAGCUGGGAUCCUAAAGAGGGAAAUGUUCCUUUUGUGUGGAAGCCCGUGGGAGUUACCCAGCCAUCCAGAGAUCAGAGAGACUCGACUCAGCGAGGCGAGACAACCGAGACUGGACUACCACAGCGAUGCGAGCUGGACAAGGCGGAAGCUGAGAAGUUUCAGCUAGAGGAAAACGAGCCGCUUUCCCAGCAGACUGACCCCCAGUACCACCAGCAGGAGAAGGGGCUGCUCUUUCGAGAGCAUUGCGUACAAAAACACCCGCAGCAACCAGAACACCAGAACCGCAACGUCGCCUGCAGGAUAGGAGCGCAUCCUUUAGAGAAAAUCCCCGAGGUCGUGGCGCUGAGCGAAAGUGUGAAUCCCUCUUGA